AUGGAUGCCCCCACGCUGCUUUCUCUGAGGGGAAUAUAUCGAGAGCUGCGGAAAAGCGAACAAAAACGCACCUGUCUUCGUGUGUUACGAGGAAAAUUAUCCGUCUCCGAUGGCCUAAUUUUCGAGGAUGCUCCUCGAUACUCCAACCGUGUGGACGAUCCCACUCACCCAGAGCUUCCGCCUCCCGAGGCAGACCACCACAGGGUCCCGGUGGCUCUCGGAAAGCUCUACUCGUCGAACCAGGACCCCGUCCUCUUCAUCUCCGGUGAUUUCAGCGUUCACUACACAGAGAUACAAACAGGCUCGUCGCGAAGGAUGGACGCAUAUUUGAGAUCAAUUAAUUAUUCAUACAACACCAAGGAAGUUUUAUUU